UCCUAAGGGUGGUGUGAUGUGUGAUGACUGUCGCACCACCACCAUGUUGUAAGGGUACAUUAUAAGUUCCUCUUGGGAGAUAGUUGGCCCCACUGAAUUACAUGGUGCUACCUUAGUGGAUAGAAAGAACUAAAGAGGAGUGUAAGUUAAAUGACCUGUAGUAAGGCAGGGAGUAAAAGGCCUACAUUUUUCAUCACCAAGAUUUCUAAGUGGUUAAGUUGUUUCCCUUUUCCAAAAAUAAAAUUGUUAAAGUCAGUAUUUUAAAUGUGCAGCCUUGAUUUCAGAGUUUCUCAAGCCUUGCUGAGAAACCUUUAGCUCAUCUUCUCAGACCAUAAGUCCUCGUCCACCAAAUAAAAGGAAAGACUACUCAGCCUUACCCAAGACGUCAAGCAAUGAUUUUGAGCCUCAUAGAGGACUAUCAUGCUUCAGAAUGUACAUGAAAAGGCAAAUGGCUUUCAGUGAUUGACUGCCCUAUUUUCAGAGUGCAAAUCCUGUACCAUAAAAAUGAAUUACUUUCUCCGUAUUGGUUUGCCUUUGAUACUUAACCUCAAUUACAGAAAUUCCUCAAGAGUCAGAAUUUCAAAUGUACACCUUUUUUUUCUUUUGUUUACAUCUUGAAGUCUUCACGGGAAAAAAACAGGAAACUCUCCAGGGGAUAGCCCCACCAUUUUAAAAUAUACUCUGUGUAGCACAAGUUACAGGAUGUUUACAGACAACAUUGUUGUGCUCUCUGCUUCUCUGCUCCUGCACACACAGCACAACUUGCUUGUCCUGUUUUUGUUUUGCUUUGCACUUAAUAGUAAGUCCUAAGAAAAUUCUGUGUACCUAGCAUGCUCUGUUCCUUUUGCCUUAAUUGCAGUGACUUACAACUGGAAAAAAAGCCAUUGAUGUUUUUACUGAUACAGCUAGGUGUUCCCCGGAAGUAAAAUGGCCUGCUUUAAAAUGAACCCUUUCAUUCCCAUGCUAAUUGUUUCUAUUUUUGCAGCAUUACUGUUUGAUGGAGACACUGCCCUUUACCGCAUAUGGUUAAGUGGAAAAUGGAGUCAUGAUUUGUAAUCUUUUACUCCUCUGUGCAUUCAUUACGUCAUAUCCUUCCUGUUACGACAUCUCUCCUAACCUGAUCCAUUUGCAGUGUCAUUAAAUGUUCUUUAUUUUCAGCCCUGUUGUCAUUUAUGAUAUGUUUACAUGCUUUUGAUGCAACCUGCUCUUUCAUUUUGUUUCUGUGAGUGUAUGUACUGUAGUGCACUUCAUUUUAUUUUCAUUGGUCUUUCUACAACAUGUUUUGAAGAGUUUGAUUCUCUUGUUUACCUCCAUUAGUUAACUCUGUGCUGCUUUAUGUUAUAAAGCACUGUGUAGGAACAAGGGUUCAUUUCCGUAUGGAUUACAGUAACAAGUUUUUACAAGGCAUUUAUUUGACUUUGUCUAAUGUUCUCCCCUUUUGAGCUGUGAGUGAUUUUGAAAUCAUUAGGAACAUUGGGCUUGCUUAUCAUGUUUAGUUUCUGAUUAACUGAAAGCAUCUGUAUUUGUUUCUUUUUUUUUAUUUGCUGAGCAAAAGGGCUAAUCCUGUUACAGACCUUGGUUUACCUUGCAGAGCAGGCUGUCUUUAGAUGGUCACUCCCACCACCAACUGAUGUCAUUGAAAUAGCAUAUGAUAUUGACUUUUCCAAAGAGCAUGGUAUCACAGUUUGCACCUGCUGGCCUAAAACUGCUACAGGUCACAGGUAUGCCGCAGCGUAGGGUGAAAAUAGUGAUAACAGGAGAUGAUUUUGGAUAUUGCCCAAGGAGGAACCAAGGCAUUGUAGAGUGUUUUCUGGCUGGCGCAAUUUCGAAUGUCUCCUUGCUGGUAAAUGCCAGUGCAGCUAAAGAUGCUGCAGAACUGGCAAAGAGGCACAACAUUCCAAUAGGUCUACAUGCCAACCUUUCAGAAGGUCUUCCUAUUUGUGAACAACUCCGCAAGGAGUCCUCUCUUCUCAACGAAGAUGGCUUUUUCCAUGGAAAAAUGGGAUUCAGAAAGGCUCUGAAGAAUGGGCUCAUCAAGAUGUCAGAGGUUGCACAAGAGCUCAGAGCCCAGGUACAGCACUUUUAUACCCUGACUAACCAGCUACCUCAUCAUAUGGAUGGACACCAGCAUGUGCACGUUUUACCAGAGAUUCGCCAUGUAUUUGCACAGGUAUUAUAUGAAUUCGGGAUUCGGUACACCCGCAUGCCCAUAGAACCAGGUCUUCGGCACUGCAGCUGGUUGGAGCAGCACCUUAUGGACUUCUAUAUGAAUGUAGAGCAGGAUGCCCUCAACUCAAUUGAUGUGUUUAAAAACCAUAAAAUAAGGUGGCCUGAUGCCUACAUUGGAUUAAGCACAAUGGGUAAAAAUGCAUCUUUGUCCACUAUCCAGUUUGCAAUAGAGAAUGCCAUCUCAGCUGGUGAAAGUACAUCUAACAUCGCCCAUGAGGAUCACCUGGUAUCUAGUGCUUCCAGUUCUCCAGAACAUAGAGCACUAACUGUGGAGCUGAUGGUGCAUCCUGGCUAUCCCAGCAUCCCUGAAGAAGGAGGGUGUGGUGAAGGACCCGAUGAUUUUUCUCAGUCACUGGAUCGAGUGCAGGAAUUAAAUAUACUUAAAAAUCCAGAGUUGCUUAAGUAUUAUAAACGACGCAACAUCCAGCUAUGUGCAUUUAAGGAUCUGUAGAGAUGGAAGUUGUUGCAUCAUUGCUUCUUAGUACUGGGUCACAGAAAGGACCCUGUAUGGAUAAUAGAUAAGAGCUGUGAGAGCAGGUGACUUGAGGAUUACAGAAAUGCUGACUUUUUAGUUUUGAAAUUGGGACUGCUAUGGAAAGCAAAUGUUUUCAGCUGCCUUUAUAUGUAAAGUUUACAUAAUUUGAAAAUUGAAAUAUGAUAUAAGAGUGAAGUAAGCAGAAGAUUAUUACCUCAUAAUUUAUAUAUAAAAUAAAAUGGUUUGCCAGACUUA